AUGGAAUGCCCAACGAAGCUUCAUCUCUUUGCAGCAAAGAGAAUUUUUCGAUAUUUGAAGGGAACAAUUGAUUUUGGCAUGCUGUAUAGAAAGAAAACAAGGUCAAGUAUGUUUUUGGAUUUAUAUGGCUUUACUGAUAGUGACUAUGCUGGUGAUGUAGAUGACAGAAAAAGCACAUCUGGUUAUGUGUUCACGAUGGGGUCUGGAGCUAUUUCAUGGUCAUCUAAAAAACAAUCAAUCAUGACUUUGUCCACAACUGAAGCUAAAUUCGUUGCUGCAACAUUUUGUGCCUAUGAGGUAAUUGAUGUGGUUUACUAUAGAAGUGAAGACCAAAUUGCAGAUAUUAUGACAAAGCCUCUUAAGCCAGCAGUCUUUAUGAAGCUUCGAAAUUUGCUUGGAGUUUAUUCAAUGAAGGAAGUAUGUGAUGCACAAGUGCUGGAGUAG